AUGAGGCUUCUGAACCUACCUGGGAUCCGCCCCUGGGCAGGGCCACCUCCUCCAGUUCCUGCACACCUGGAGCCGAUUGCAGUUUCUGGAUUCACCUUGGCUCAAACCUUUGGGUCACACUCUACUCUCAGACUUAAGAUAUCAAGCCACCACUCUGGAAAUCACUGUGUGCCUCACCUGCCUGCCCUCCUGCCAUCACACUCCAUCUGCUCACCCCAGAUCCCCAUCGCCUAUUCCCUCAUCUCUCUGUUUCUCCUCCUGCAAGGGUUCCCAGGCGUGAUUGGCUGUAUAGAUGGCACUCACAUUCCAAUCAUUGCUCCUUCAGUAAAUGAAGGAGACUAUGUGAACAGGAAGUCUUUCCACAGCAUUAAUGUACAGAUCAUAUGUGAUGCUGCCAACAUUAUCACAAAUGUGGAAGCCAAGUGGCCAGGCUCUGUUCAUGACUCACGAAUUUUUCGUGAAUGUACACUGAGCACAAAAUUUGGACAUGGAGAGUUCACUGGCUACUUGCUUGGUGAUAGGGGGUAUCCAUGUUUACCCUAUUUGCUUACCCCUUACCCUGACCCUGAACCGGGCCCACAGCAGCGAUAUAAUCUGGCUCAUUGCAGGACAAGAGCCAGAGUUGAAAUGACUAUUGGAAUGCUUAAGGCCCGGUUCCAGUGCCUUCAAAGACUCAGGGUCACCCCAGAAAGGGCAUGUGACAUUAUUGUGGCAUGUGUGAUUCUUCACAACAUUGCCACAAUUAGAGGAGAACACUGUCCUUCUGAACCAAACAUCAGCAGUGAUCCAAACCAUGAACAUCCUGACCCUCCCACGGACAUACAAGAUGGAAGAGCAGUCAGAGACACCGUAUGUCACAAUCAUUUCCUUUGA